GCCAUGAGCCACGAAAUCAUGUAGAUGAAUUUCAAUAAUGUAUAUGUUUUCCUUUUCAGGAGCGGCUGAUGAACGUAUUGUGAAGAUCAUUACGUCGACCUGAACGUAACCUUGAUAUAAGAUGUGGCCUACCUUUGCCUCACUACCUUGCUCAAUCACCCAAUGUGCACUCGGAGCAGGGAAAGGCCAAAAAAUAUUCGACCAGCUUCUUCACAGUUUGUUCUUGUGGUGAUUCAAUGGACGGCUUCAAGCGGUCCAUUGUUAAAUUGGGUACCUCAAACUCAAAUCCUUAAAAAAUGUAAAGCUAACAAUACCAGGUGAAGAGUACGAAUCUUCUCAGACAUCCAGUCUUUGAGCAUUUCCAUCUCUCCCUACAUCUGGUAAGGAGAAAUGGUGGGAAAGUGGAGCUCGACAAGCACUCCUGUCCUCAAGUGACUUGAACCUUAUCUGGCGUAUCUGUCAAUGCAUUUUUCCAGAUGAAGAGGAUACUUGCAGAUUACUUUCCAUGAGAUCAAGUGCUUGGUUAUUUAGGUUUCAGACUUUCCUUCACGGCCCUCACCUCCGCCCUCGUUUUAUCUUUGUGAAAAAAUGCAAAGAGGACGACACGUCACAACAGGCACGAGCGAUUCUUAUCCGAUACUGUACCAGAAAUUUGCCCAGCCUAGAUUGGGAUGAUCAAUUUAUUCUUUCAGGUUUAUCUUCUAAUCUUGAGAUUAAUGAAAUUGCCGAAAAUAUUGAUGCUGAGAUCUGUCUUGGUUUCAAAAGUAUCCCUCAUACGGUGUGGGUCUGGUUUGUGCUUGGUUAUGAAGAUGUGGUGAUACUAGGCUUGCUUAAGAAAAUCUCCAAUACCUGCAAGGAUCUGUCUAGAAGUUUUCGGGAGCUUUUCGAUUCUCGGAUGGAAGAGAAAGCAAUGAAAGUUGUAAAGGCAAGUACUUGGAACUAACGCAACAAAGCCAACACUAAUAGGUAGAAUAGGCGUUGCGCCAUAGACAUCCUGUGGCGCAUUGGAUACUAUCUACUAGUUUAAACAAUCACGAACGGCCUGUCAAUCCUUGGGAUUCUUUUAAUUCUGUACUUGAUCCAAUCAAGAAAGUAUUUGCAGAUCAAGAAUUAGAUCUCUCAUCACUCCUUAUGCGGCUUCAUAUCCUAUCUUUUCUAUAGCAUUAAUAUCGACUGGUCGAAAGCAUUUUCUUGUGAUUUCUCUUUCGUGAAACACAUGGAGGAGAACAAUCCGAAAACGACAGCUAAAUUCCUUACAAAUAACCAUUUCUUAUCC